GCGAGAGACGAGAGAGAUUCGGCUCAUCGCCGUGCUAGGGACACCAGGCGUGCGAAUGAGUGGGAGAGAGUCAGAGACACGCUGCUACUAGCGGAAAAAUAAAUACAAUUGCAAGGGUUUAUUGCUGUUAAAACAAAAAGAAAUAACCAUCCCCGGGAUUAUACUUCGACUUCUUUGUGGUGCACGUCACGGACGGCUUGGACUCGAAGGUGGUUUACAGAAUUUAAAAGGGGAAAAUUAUACGUAUGCAAAGUGAACCAGGAGAACGAAGUGGCUGCUAAAUAGCGAAGACAGAAAUGCAAACCGCAGAGGAGCGGAGAGACAGUGUCAGCCUAUGAUUGUGCGAGCACGGAGUCGUCGAGUGGGAGCGUCAGGACCGAGUCAGAAGAUGGUACCUCGCCUCAGACCAGCACCUCUCGCGACCGCUGCCGGGGCCGUGCUGCUCCUGCUCAGCUGCCUGGUACUGCCCUCACAUGCAGACAGCUUGCCAAGUUUCAUCAAAUCGCCGGAUGACCAGACCGGGAUUUCGGGAGGGGUGGCAUCCUUUGUGUGCCAGGCAGUUGGUGAGCCCAGACCUCGAAUCACAUGGAUGAAGAAGGGAAAGAAAGUCAGCUCUCAGCGCUUUGAGGUGAUCGAGUUUGAUGAUGGCUCGGGGUCUGUGCUGCGCAUCCAGCCACUUCGUACACACAGGGACGAGGCCAUCUACGAGUGCACGGCCACGAACAGUGUGGGGGAAAUCAACACCAGUGCCAAGCUCACCGUCUUAGAAGAAAACCAGAUACCUCACGGGUUCCCCACGAUUGACAUGGGCCCCCAGCUGAAGGUGGUGGAGCGGACGCGCACUGCCACCAUGCUGUGUGCUGCCAGUGGGAACCCCGACCCAGAGAUAUCCUGGUUCAAAGACUUCCUGCCCGUGGACAUUGGCAGCAGCAAUGGGCGCAUCAAGCAACUUCGCUCAGGUGGUACACCAAUCAGAGGAGCUCUGCAGAUUGAGAACAGUGAGGAGUCCGACCAGGGGAAGUAUGAGUGCGUGGCCAUGAACAGUGCCGGGACGCGCUACUCUGCCCCCGCCAACCUCUACGUGCGAGAUCAGCGGGAAGUCCGCCGUGUCCCGCCACGCUUCUCCAUCCCUCCCAUCAACCACGAGGUGAUGCCGGGGGGCAGCGUCAACCUCACCUGCGUGGCAGUGGGGGCACCCAUGCCCUAUGUCAAGUGGAUGGCGGGUGUGGUGGAGCUGACCAAAGAGGACGAGAUGCCCGUGGGCCGCAACGUGCUGGAGUUGACCAACAUCCGCGAGUCGGCCAACUACACCUGCAUGGCUAUCUCUUCGCUGGGCAUGAUUGAAGCCACAGCACAGAUCUCUGUCAAAGCCCUGCCAAAGCCUCCCACUUCCCUGAUUGUGACAGAGACGACUGCCACUAGCGUCACGCUGACAUGGGAUUCUGGGAACUCGGAGCCUGUCUCGUACUAUGUGAUCCAGUACAAGGCCAAGGCCUCUGAGAACGGCUUCCAGGAGGUGGACGGGGUGGCCACCACUCGCUACAGCAUCGGAGGCCUCAGCCCUUACUCCGAAUAUGAGUUCCGGGUGAUGGCUGUCAACAACAUUGGGCGGGGCCCGCCCAGCGACAUUGUGGACGCCCGCACGGGCGAGCAGGCGCCCUCCUCGCCACCGCUGCACGUGCAGGCUCGCAUGCUUAGCGCGAGCACUAUGCUGGUGCAGUGGGAGCCGCCCGAGGAACCCAACGGGCAGAUCCGGGGCUAUCGUGUCUACUACACCACUGAUAUGAACACGCCACUCAGCACCUGGCAGAAGCACAACACAGAUGACAGCCGCCUCACCACCAUCUCCGGCCUCAUCCCUGACAUCACCUACAGCAUUCGCGUGCUAGGCUUCACUUCCGUGGGGGACGGGCCACACUCCGACGUGCUGCAGAUCAAGACCCAGCAGGGAGUGCCGGCCCAGCCAUCCAGUUUUGAGGCGGAGGCAGAGCUGGAUACCCGCAUCAUGCUGACAUGGCUGUGGCCUGUCCAGGAGCCCAUUACCAAAUACGAGCUCAUUUACUGGGAGGCAGACUCAGGGAACAAGCUCCGCGUUACCUUUGAUCCUGCAGGCUCUUAUGCUGUGGAAGGCCUGAAGCCAGACACUCUGUACAAGUUCUCCCUGGCAGCCCACUCUGAGGUGGGCCAAGGGGUCUUCACUCAGCCCAUCGAGGCCAGAACUGCACAAUCCACCCCAUCAGCCCCCCCUCAGGAUGUGCACCUGGUCAGCCUCAGCUCCACCAGUAUCAAGGUGAGUUGGGUGGCCCCCCCUGCUGCCAGCCGCCAUGGGGCCAUUGUGGACUACACUGUGGCCUACCAGGCGGUGAACGGGGAGGACAUGGAGCGCCACGAAGUGACAGGCAUUGGAGCAGAUGCCUCCAGCUAUGUGCUGGAGGGCCUGGAGAAGUGGACGGAGUAUCAGGUGUGGGUGAGAGCGUACACGAACGUGGGGCCUGGCCCUGAGAGCCCCGGCGCGCUCAUCCGAACCAGCGAGGACGUGCCAGGCGCCCCCCCCAGGAAGGUGGAGGCAGAUGCCCUGAACUCCACCACCAUCCGGGUGACAUGGAAGGCGCCUCUCUCAGUGAAACAGCAUGGGCAAAUCCGGGGAUACCAGGUCAUCUACUCACGGCUGGAGGGUGGGGAGCCACACGGCCAGCCGAACAUCAUGGAUGUGGCACUGCCAGAGGCCCAGUGGAAAGCUGAAGAGUCGACGGACUAUGAGGCCAUUAUAAGUGGACUUCUCCCUGAGACUACAUACUCUGUCACUGUGGCAGCCUAUACCACCAAGGGGGAUGGGGCUCGCAGUAAAGCCAAAGUCAUUACCACAACCGGAGCAGUCCCCCCAAAGCCUACCAUGAUGAUCAGCACCACCAUCGGGAACACGGCUCUGAUCCAAUGGCAGCCACCCAAGGAGAUGGUGGGUGAGCUGAUUGGCUACCAGCUGCAGUACAAGCGGAGUGAGGAGGAUGCCUACAAUGUCAAGGACUUCAGGAAGACGGAUGAUCACUUCACUGUCACGGGCUUGCAUAAAGGCGCCACUUACGUCUUCAAACUCUGCGCCAAGAACAGGGCAGGCAACGGGGAGGAGUACGUAAAGGAGAUCACCACCCCGGAAGACGUGCCAAGCGGGUACCCACAGAACCUCCGCGUGGUGGGCCUCACCACCUCCACCACCAAGCUGGCCUGGGAGCCCCCGCUGCUGUCAGAGCGUAACGGCAAGAUCAUUCACUAUGUGGUGGUGUACCGGGACAUUAACAGCCAGCAGAACAGCACCAACAGCACUGCUGACACCCAGAUCACCAUCCAGGGCUUGCAGCCUGACACAACCUACGACAUCCGCGUGCGCGCCUUCACCAGCAAGGGAGGCGGCCCCAUCAGCCCCAGCAUACAAAGCAGGACCAUGUCUACCUCCAUGCCUGAGUUUACCAAAAACUUCGGUGUGAAAGCUGUGAUGAAAACUUCAGUCCUGCUUACUUGGGAAGUGCCGGAAACAUAUAACUCUCAAGUGCCUUUCAAGAUCCUGUACAACCAGCAGAGUGUGGAGGUGCAGGGGAACCUGAAGCGCAAGCUGAUCACCAAGCUGCAGCCCGACACUGAGUACUCCUUUGUGCUGAUGAGCCGGGGCAACAGCGCCGGGGGCCUGCAGCAGCAGGUGUCCAUCCGCACCGCCCCCGACGUGCUCAAAACCAAGCCCGUUCUCUACAGCCACAGCCAGGAGGAGGGUGGCCGCCUCACCAUCAACCUGCCCAAAGUGCACACCAAGGCUACCGUCAGGUGGUACUACAUUGUGGUGGUGCCGGUCACACAAGCCACAGCCCAUCGGUGGGAGAAUCCGGACGAGAUGGAGCUGGAUGACCUCCUGGAAGCCAGCGAGAACCCCAGCCUUAGGAGGAGGCGGCGGCGACAGGCUGAGUCAAUGAAGCCCUACAUCGCCGCCAAGUUGGAGUCCCUUCCCAGUACCUUCACCCUGGGAGAUGAGAAGAAGUACAAUGGCUUCUACAACAAGCCCCUUCCCGGCCAGAAACAGUACCUGUGCUUUGUGCUGGCAGCCCUAAAAGACAAGGACUCUAAGACGUUUGCUGCCAGCCCCUACUCCGACCCCAUCACAGUGGAGUUGCACAGUGGCAUGUCCAAGCACGCCGAGGACCCCGAGAUGCUGUGGGUGAUGGGGCCCGUGUUAGCCGUUGUCCUAAUCAUCAUCAUCGUCAUUGCCAUCCUGCUCUUCAAGAGCAAGCAGGAAAGGAAACGGGCCUCUCCCUCAGCUAAGGAUGAUCACUCCGGGGGCGUGAAGGACUCCCUGCUGGCCCACUCGUCCGACCCAGUGGAGAUGAGGAGACUUAACUACCAGACCCCAGGUUCCAGUGCUCCCUGUUGCCCGAACACUCCAAGCAUGAGGGAGCACCCUCCCAUCGCCAUCUGCGACCUGGCCGAUCACAUCGAGCGCCUCAAGGCCAACGACAGCCUCCGCUUCUCACAGGAGUAUGAGUCCAUCGACCCUGGCCAGCAGUUCACCUGGGAGAACUCCAAUCUGGAGGUCAACAAACCAAAGAACCGUUAUGCAAAUGUAAUUGCCUAUGACCACUCCAGGGUCAUCCUCACUGCGGUCGAUGGUGUGCCAGGCAGCGACUACAUCAACGCCAAUUACAUUGACGGAUACCGCAAGCAGAAUGCCUACAUUGCCACGCAGGGCCCCCUGCCAGAGACUUUGAGUGAUUUCUGGCGCAUGGUGUGGGAGCAGCGCACCAACACCAUUGUCAUGAUGACCAGACUGGAGGAGAAAUCCCGGGUGAAGUGUGACCAGUACUGGCCCAGCCGGGGCACUGAGACCUACGGCAUGAUCCAGGUGACAAUGCUGGACACAGUGGAGCUGGCAACCUAUAGCGUGCGUACCUUCGCCCUGUACAAGAACGGCUCCAGCGAGAAGAGGGAGGUGAGACAGUUCCAGUUCAUGGCCUGGCCUGACCACGGAGUGCCUGAGUACCCCACGCCCAUCCUAGCCUUCCUGCGUAGGGUAAAGGCCUGCAACCCUCCCGAUGCUGGGCCCAUGGUGGUGCACUGCAGCGCGGGCGUGGGCCGAACGGGCUGCUUCAUCGUCAUCGAGGCCAUGCUGGAGCGCAUGAAGCAUGAGAAAUCAGUGGACAUCUACGGCCACGUGACGUGCAUGCGCGCCCAGCGCAACUACAUGGUGCAGACGGAGGACCAGUACAUCUUCAUCCACGAGGCACUGCUGGAGGCAGCCACCUGUGGCAACACCGAGGUCCCUGCCCGCAACCUGUACUCCCACAUCCAGAAGCUCACCCAGGUCCCUCCAGGGGAAACCGUGACGUCCAUGGAGCUGGAGUUCAAGAGACUGGCAAACUCCAAAGCACAUACCUCAAGAUUCAUCAGUGCCAACCUCCCCUGCAACAAAUUCAAGAACCGUCUCGUCAAUAUCAUGCCGUUUGAGUCCACCCGUGUAUGUCUGCAGCCCAUCCGGGGUGUGGAGGGCUCUGACUACAUCAAUGCCAGCUUCAUUGAUGGAUACAGGCAGCAGAAGGCCUACAUUGCCACCCAGGGCCCCCUGGCUGAGACCACAGAGGACUUCUGGAGGAUGCUGUGGGAGCACAAUUCCACCAUCGUGGUGAUGCUAACCAAGCUGAGAGAGAUGGGUAGAGAGAAAUGCCAUCAGUAUUGGCCUGCGGAGCGCUCAGCCCGGUACCAGUAUUUUGUGGUGGACCCCAUGGCUGAGUACAACAUGCCCCAGUACAUCCUUAGAGAGUUCAAGGUCACUGAUGCCAGGGAUGGACAGUCAAGGACCAUCCGCCAGUUCCAGUUCACUGACUGGCCUGAACAAGGAGUGCCAAAAACCGGGGAGGGAUUCAUCGAUUUCAUUGGCCAAGUGCACAAAACCAAGGAGCAGUUUGGACAGGAUGGACCCAUCACUGUGCAUUGCAGUGCUGGUGUGGGCAGGACUGGAGUCUUCAUCACCCUCAGCAUCGUUCUGGAACGGAUGAGGUACGAGGGCGUCGUGGAUCUCUUCCAAACUGUCAAGACGCUGCGCACCCAGCGGCCGGCUAUGGUACAGACAGAGGACCAGUAUCAGUUGUGCUACAGAGCAGCGCUGGAGUACCUGGGGAGCUUUGAUCACUAUGCAACGUAACCACUCCUGGGCAGCUGGGAAACCCUUCAGGAGUGCCAAGUGUUCUUUCUCAGCCAUAUCCACCCACCCAAUUCUGUACAAAGAGCUGCCAAGAGGAAAGGAGUACGGUGCAAGAUUCAGCUGGCCAACCUUCAGUUAAAGUGGUCCACCUGGACUGGCACACUGAAAUCGCUUUAAACCCUCCACGGAAAAAGUCUGUUUCGAAUAGCAUCCAGGUCACCACCCUGCACAAAGCACCCCUCCCUUGUAGGACACUACUGGU